AUUCCCUUUUUCUACACUGCCAAAACUUUGAAAAACUUUCCUUCUUCUUCUUCUUCUUUGCACUAAUGGAUCCACCGCCGAUCAAGCUGAUAAUGCUGGGGGGCCCGCGCAAGGGAGAAACCCUGGAAUUUCAGUCGGGAGCCGCGGUUAAGGUAGGCCGGGUGGUCCGCGGCAACACCGUCGCCAUAAAGGACGCCGGUAUCUCCACCAAGCAUCUCGUAAUCGAACCUGUCUCGAGGAAGUGGAUCCUUCGCGACCUUGGAUCCUCCAAUGGAACCUUUCUCAACUCCAAUGCCAUCCCCACUGAUACGCCCUCUGACCUCCGCGAUGGCGAUGUCAUCAAACUCGGGGAGUACAGUUCCAUCGAGAUCAAGAUUGGUGAACCCCAAGAAUGUGAUUUGGUAGAGAAUCAGGCGAAGGGAGCUGGAGAGGAGUUGGAGAGCCGGAGGCGGAAUCCGCCUAGGAGAGCUAGGGUUUUGAAGGGCCAGCAUGAGAAUUUAGUGAAUUACGCGCCAUUGGUUGAGAAGGUUGCUGGUAAUCCAGAUAAUGAAGCUAAAAAGGGUCGAGGCCGAGGGCGGAAGAAGCUACCCAAUUUAGUGGAAGAGUUUGAUCGGAAGGAAGCAAAGGCAGAGGGGAAAGAAGUAAUUAAAGUUGAAGAAGAAGAAGAGAAAGUGAAAGAGCAUAAUUGUAAGGGUAAGGAGAAUCUCCGAGAAGAGGUGCAUGAAAAAGAGAUAAACUUGCUGGGAAAUGAUCAAAAUGAGGUAAAAAUAGAUGAACAGCAUGUUGAAAAGAUGAAUUGCGAAGAUAAGAAUUUGUCUGAAGAAAUCGAUGGUAAAGAUGGGAAUUUGGGGGCAAAAGAUGGGAUUAAUGUUGUAGAAGAGCAGCAAAAAUUGGGCAAUGGUGAUGUAGGACAAGAGGCUGGUGUUAAUGAGAGUUGUAGCAGGGUAGAUGUGGAUUUGGAGAAGAUGAAAUUGGGGGAAUGGUUUGAUUUCUUGGAGAUUCAUCUGCCAAAGCAAAUAAUUGAGCAGACGGAGAAGAUGAUUGAGGAGAUGAGGAGGAAAGCAGAGAGGGUUCAUGACUAUCUGAUGGAGCAGAAAAAGGAGGGUAAAGUAGCAGAGGGCUAGUGGGCGAAAUGAAGCUCUGUAAUCUUAAGGUAAUUGAUAUCUCAAUUUCAGUGACCUGUAUAUUCCAGCAUGAUUUUGAAGUUAUUUUAUAGGAAUCUCUAUUGAUCAUGGCCCUAUGUCGUGAGUGAAUUUGUGCUGUAUGUUAUUUCUUGCGGGCUUAAUUGAUUAUAU